AUGUGCGGUGAAAUGGGUAAGGCUGUCUUGAGGGCGUUGACUGGCGCGCUACUCUGCGGAGUUGUUUCUGACGCGGCCUAUUUACAAAGAUACGAACCCUACGGCCUCCAAUUCGAACAGGCUUUAAUCAGGAAACCCCUAAGAGAGCACGAGAAGCCACAGGACCUGCGCAACGUUCCCGGAACCCCUGGCGUGGACUACCCCAUCUACCACUCCGUUCCGGAGACUCGAUUCUCGUGUGAGCACGUGCCGAUACACCCUGGAAUGUACGCUAACGUUGAAACUGGAUGUCAGGCCUACCACGUGUGCCACGACGGUCGCGAGGGUCACCAGGGCGCCUCGUUCCUCUGCACCAACGGAACUCUGUUCGACCAGGCCAAGUUCGCCUGCGACUGGUGGUACAACGUGGAUUGCUCACAGGCCAUUGAACAUUACAAACUGAACGCUGAUCCAUUGAAAAACCCUUACGUGCCGAAACAGAAACCGGAAAUCCACCAGGAACAACCGGAAGAGUACAAUAUCCCUGAAGAGGCAUACUUCAGGAAAUACUAAAGUAGCAUUGUGAUUUAACCGUGUUUAUGUUUCAGUUAGUUGCACACAUCACAGAUAUUUAAAUCUAAAUUAGAAGCAUUUUUAUGAACACUGAUUCUAUAAAAAUAUAAUCUAGAUAGGAUAUUUAUCUUUCACUUUUAAGGCACCAACGUCAAAACCCUGAUUAGCUUUCCGUAAAAGAUAUCCGGAAUUGAGAUCCUCAAGUUCUAGUUUUUUUUUAGGAACAGAAACAAAUAUAUUAUAUGCUGUCUCUUUCAUUUAGCGAGAAAUGCUUACUUAAAAACGGAAUUCCUGACUGGAAAAAAUAAAUAGGGAAAACGUGACGUGUGUGCCGUAUCCAGAAUAUGUUAGAAAAUAUCAUGUAAUGAAAAAUCAAAUCGGCCGAAGUAUACAAGAACUCAAAACAAAUACAUAAUAAAUUCUACGAAAGCUGUAAUGUAAGCUGCGAGUU